AUGACGGAGCCCAUUGCUCCAAUUGAGAAGAGCGUCGCAGGUGAGACCACGGGCCCUGCAGACAAUAUGGCUCUGGAGCGCGUUCGCCUCCCACGGAUCGCAAUCCAAUUCUGUACGCAGUGCAGGUGGAUGCUGCGCGCUGCAUAUUUCGCCCAGGAACUCCUGUCGACAUUUAGCACGGAUCUCGGUGAGGUAGCCCUGGUACCAGUGACGGGCGGCGUGUUCACGGUGACUAUCUGGCAUGCCGGACCCUCGGCUUCGGGAGAGGCCGCUGCACAAGAGACACUCCUCUGGGAUCGGAAGCGAGAUGGUGGAUUCCCUGAGGUAAAGGCGCUCAAGUCAAUGGUGAGGAAUAUUAUUGCACCGGAGAGGGACUUGGGGCAUACGGAUCGGGCGUUGAAGAAGGCAGGAGAGGAUAAGAAGAAGCAAGAGACUGCGGAGGCAAAGAAGGAUUGUGAGGAUUGUCAGUGA